AUUGAAAAGGCCUACAGACACGUGCCGCACGGGCUUCUUGGGACAGCGAGAGUGAUCAAACGGACUUCCCUGUGCCCGGCUCGCACACUUGCCGUCUGAGCUCAGACCGACUAAUAGCCCUAGAACAACAUGAACCGCCUCAUCGCCGCCCUCGCUAUGCUGUGCAGCGCUUCGGCGUUCACCACCCGCGCUGCUGUGAGAUGCGGCGUCCGUUUUACGCUUGCGCGGCCGCAAAUAAGCCAUCCUCGCUGAGGGCCAUCGUCAGCGCCGGGUUCACCGCGCCGACGUCGCCCGCGCCCCCUCAAAUGCCGGAGCGCGACCCUUGCCACUCUUAGAAGGGCUCGGGCGCAAGUCCGGUCAAAUUCGGCUCGAAAAAAGGCUAGCUCCCGCCGGGUUCUCCGACAUCACAUUUUUCCAAACUCCAAAAACCGUCCUACGCCAGCAGUCUCUGCGCGGAAACGCUCCAUCACCCGCGGUUUGACCACGCAGGCGCGCCCGUCGCUCAAGCUCGACUACGCCGUGACGCUCGUCGAGGACGGCGCCGAGACGACCAUCGAGUGCGCCGACGACGUGUACAUCCUCGACCAGGCCGAGGAGGAGGGCAUGGACCUCCCGUACUCUUGCCGCGCGGGCGCCUGCUCGUCGUGCGCGGGCAAGGUCACCGCGGGCGAGGUCGACCAGAGCGACCAGUCGUUCCUCGACGACUCGCAGAUGGACGACGGCUUCGUGCUCACCUGCGUCGCGUACCCGGCGUCGGACUGCACGAUCAUCACGCACGCCGAGGAGGACCUCUUCUAAACGCCCCCUCCCAAACCCGCGCCGUCGCUUUCAGCUUCGGUGUCUGCUGUGACUAAGUACCGGAGCGGUUUAAUUCACAAGAGUGUCCUCCCGAGCCGACGGCGUCUGCGUGGGCCUGUCGUCUUCUUCGCGUGUACCAUUC